UUAGUUAAAUACGACAUUUAGAUGAAGCGUAAAGAUAGCAAAACAACUGGAACAAGAAUGGCAGCAUCCUAUAUGGAGCAGUUCCAGGCACCAUUGUCCAUGGUGCCAGAAACAGAUUUACGUGCAAACUCUUACACGGGUCAAGUUAAAGAUGGUCUUUUUCAUGGAGUGGGUAUAUUUUAUUAUGGUGACAAUGAGAGGUACGAGGGUAACUUUGUUUACGGUAAGAGAGAAGGCAAAGGCAAGUUCUUCUAUACCGAUGGUGCUGUUUAUGAUGGUGAUUGGGUUGAUGAUAAAAUUAAAGGCCAUGGAGUAGCCCACUUCGCAAGUGGCAAUGUAUACGAAGGACAUUGGGAUAAUGGACGGAUUAAUGGUUACGGGACGCUAAAGUAUGUCAAUGGCGACGUAUAUGAAGGAGAAUGGAUGGACGGGGCUAUGCAUGGACAAGGAACAUAUAAAUAUGCGGAGGGUGAUAUUUACGUGGGAGAAUGGCGAAAUGACAAACGGCAUGGUAAAGGUAUCCUGAACUACAUGUCGCCCAAGGGGGAAGUUCUUGAAUCCUAUGAUGGCGACUGGGUUGAUAAUGCGAUGAGUGGGAAGGGCAAAUAUCAAUAUUCGGACGGUGCCGUCUAUGAAGGUGAUUGGUACAAUGGGAAGAUGCAUGGAAGUGGGCAAUAUGUCUUUCCCAAUGGUAACAAGUACGACGGAGAAUGGGUGAAUGACCACAAAGAAGGCUAUGGGACGCUUACAUAUGCAACAGGCGAGAAAUAUGAUGGUUAUUGGGUAAAUGACAAAGCUCAUGGUCAUGGCAGUUUCAUUUAUCCCUCCAAUGACAAGUACAUUGGUGAAUGGCAAAACUCCAAGAAACAUGGUACUGGUGAAUUAAUAUAUGUAAAUGGGGAUCGAUUUAAGGGCACAUGGGUUGAUGAUGAUGCCACUGGUUUUGGUGUCUUUGAGUAUGCAAACGGGAAUCGCUAUGAGGGUGAAUGGUUAAUGAACAAACGUCAUGGUAGGGCAACGUUUUAUUGUCAAGAAGAUGGAUCUACCUACAAUGGGGAGUAUGCUAACAAUCGAAAGGAAGGUUUUGGCACACUAAAACUGGGAUUAGGUCAUGUAAUUCAUGGUUUGUGGACGCUUGGUUCUUUAGCUACCAUUGAAAAGUUUGAAAUAUCUCCUAGUUCACCUUGGAGUGAUCCUGAUUUAUAACUGUAUU